AACUAUAACUACUAUGGCGAUAAAUUCAAGGGAGAAGAGCCCUCCACUAGCUUAUAUAGCGUCCCACGGGUACUACUACCCCGUCGUUCACCUUUCGUGGCUAUUGAGCAAGCUUCACGUCGUCGAGCUAAACUCCUCUAGUAAAACCAGCUUCUUCCCCGUCCACGAGCUAAUUCGCCUUAUUUUUAAUAUCGACGACCUUCUCCUCCUACUCUUCCACGUUCCCGGUAUUAAGAUCGCGAUUGUCAAGCUGAGUACUUCUCUAGCGUCUUUAAUUUGCGUGCUUUGCGAGAGUCUAGCCUAAUUCGUGGAGAUACUCGAAAUUAACGAGCUGAUAUUAGUAAUUUAAUAGCUAUGGCGUCAGAGGAGCAGAUUAACCCGAAAUAGCUAAAGGCGAUGGAGAAAUCGGAGGCUAAAGAGCAUGGCAUUCCAUGGGGAUUUCUCCUUGUCAUAAAGGAUCAGGUUUCCCCUUGGCGUACUAUAUGGAAUU